AAACUGGCUUGUAAAGAAUUCAGUCCGCGAAAAUCAAGAGAAGUAGAAAACUGAAACUCGUGAAAUUUGGACUCAGACUACGAAUUUUUAUUAUUGAAUAAAUUGGCUAUGUAAUUUCAUUUCUGAAAGAAGUCCAGUUAAUGUUUUGAAGUUCUACUUAUUUAGUUAUUCUAAUAAUUAAAAUAUAUUUGAAGGAUGGUAUGAAUUGACAGCUAUAUUAUCUUUCUAAGUAAUCAAGAUUUAUUUACUGUUUGUGUAAAGUUAUUCUUACUGUAUUGUAAAAAUAUCUACUUACUGUUAAUAAUGAUUGGCAAAAGUGUAUGCCAUAGGAAUUUUUUACUUUCUGUCAUACUUCUGAAGUUACUGUAUAUUAGAAGAAAGGUUCAUUCUGUUGUGUUCAAGUUUUAUCAUCUGUAAACUAAAUUAAACUUAACAACUAUCAGAAAGAAUGGAGCAGGAAGUUGCUAUUUUUUUCCGGAAAAUAUUAGCCCAGAAAAAGCUUAUUAGUUAUGAAAAAUUGUUCAACAUUUUCCUCAAGGAGAGUCAUUCUCCUUUAGUAGAUAGGUUCAAAAGUUAUAAUUCUCUACAGAUAUAUAAUUUUUUCAACCUUGAGGAAGGUGAUUUUUUUCUUUACAAAGGUUAUGUGUUUGAAAAACUUCCUUGCAUGGCGAUUGGGAAUUAUCAGAAGAUUUACUCUGCAGUUGCUUUCCUUUUGAAUUGUUAUGAGCCUUUGCAUUACUUAGAACUGAAGCGUUGCAUAUUUCAUGCUUUUGAAUACCUUAAAAAGGAAAUGAGUAUAUUGCGGGAAGAAGCUCAGAAUAACUUGUUUAAAUCUAUUCCUUUUACGGAACAAGAUAGAGAAGACUAUUACGUGUUAGUUGAUGAUUAUCGACACUUUCAAGGAUUUUACAUAACAACCGAUGAGAAAACACUGUUAUGUAUUGUUGGAACAUUAAUGUUUUAUAAAAUAGUGCAUUUUGAAAAGUUAUUUAAAGAAAUAAAAUCCCGUAUGCCCAUAGAGGAAAGAGCAUGUGUGUUUGAUUCACCAAUUUCAGAUCAAUUUAGUUUCUUGAAAGAAUAUUAUCCUAUUAUUAGCAUAUCAAAUGAUGGUUAUGUAUCACUGACAAAGAAUUUUAUUUUUCCUGCCUGUAGUUAUGAAAACGCUCCCAAGAAAGGCUCAUUAAAAUCUAUUGAAUUAUCUAAUCAAAACAACGAUAACAAUCUAACAGGAUUUGUAAUAGACAAUCUAACUACAUUCACAUCCAAAGAUACUGAGCCAGAAAUUAAGAAAGAUAGUACUUUUACUAACAAAAAGCUUAUUACUGAAACUUUUUCUGUACUGAAACUUUCGAAAAGAUUUAUUAAUGGAUUAUCUUGUUUACUGAAAUAUUUUAAGUUUUCUAAUAAAGAAAAGCUUACAAAACUCACCCUCCUUGUUUUAGAAGAUGUUGAAAAUUAUUUGCUGCAUGUACCACUUCUUGAUCGGUGUCAUUUUUUAGAAGAUUGUUUUAAACAUUUUACGAUUCUGACUAAUGACGUGAUAGUUUAUAGGACUCCUAUCUCCGAUGACACUACAUUAAGUGAAGAAGAAAAAGAUUCCUUUCUUUUCGUUUAUAUUUUAAGCGUGUGUGGUGCAGUGCAUUAUCAUAAAAUAUUUGAAAAAGCUUUAGAACACAAUAAAACUAUACCUCAUAACAUAGUCUCCGAUUCGGAAAAAUUGCAAUAUUUUAAAUGCAGACCACAUUUGUAUUUUAUACAACAAAAUGAUGUCAUAACUUUGUCAGAUUUACCAUCGGUAGAUUUGAACAUAUCUUGUUUUUUGGGUAGCAACCAGCUCAUAAGACAAGAAACAGUUGCUCAUGAUUUUGAAUUGUUAAGAACAAAAAGUCUGAAUUUAAAUUCAAUCACAAAUUAUGAUAAAAGUAACCAUCCUUCUCAAGAAAAAGCAUCAGUUGUUGAAACUUCUAACUCUAAUGAUGCCCUUGAUACCAAUUUAAAUUUGCAUAUUGAUAAUCAAGAAACUACUAAGUGUUAUGAAGGAGAAACAUCAACCACUGAAGCUUCUAACCUGAAUGAAAGUGUAAGCAAUGGUCUGAAUGCAUUUACUGAUAAGGUAGAAAGUCAACAGUUUUCAAGAGAAGAAGCCCCUGAUGCUGAUACGUUUAAAGAUGAGGAAGGAAAUAGGCAAUUUUCUAAAGAUCCAGAUAUUGAAAAUUUUAAUUUUGGAAUUUCAAGAUCAGAGCUUAUAAACAAGGAAGAUUUGCCUAUAAAUAAGGAAGAAACUAAUCAAGUUUUUGUAAAAGAAAAGUCAGUUGCUGAAGCAUCUAACUUCAACAAAUCUCUGGAAACUUGUUUGAAUUCUCUUACAGAUGAAAAUAACCAAGGAGCAUCAGCUUAUGAAACUACUGAUUCUAAUUUGAAUUCAUUUAUAGUUCACCCAGAAAAGAGCCUCAUGCUUAAUGUAGAACCAUCAGUUACUGAAAUUUCUAAUUUUGUUAAAACUUUGUCUUCAGAUUUAGAUUUAUUGCCAUAUAAGGAAGAAAGUAGUCAUGUUUUCAAAGAAAAUGCUUCAAUUAUUGAAGCUUCCAACAUUGUUGAAGCUACUAGUUCAAAUUCAGUUGUAGAUAACAAAAACACUGUCCAACUUUUUGAAAAAGAAAGCUCAACUAAUGAAAUUUCUAAUUUAAUUAAAACUGCAAAUGGCGAGGUGAGCUCGCCUGCAAAUGACAAAGAAAUUCAAAAAUUCAAUGGAGAUGCAUCACUUGAUGAAACUGACAACUUGAAUGAAAGUUUAAACACUGAGAUAAAUCCAGUUACAUGUGAUAUAAAUACCAGCCAGACUUUUGAUGAGGAAAUGUCAGUUAUCGAAUCUUCUAAUUUAACGAAAACUCCUGACACAUAUUCACUGACUGAAGAUGGGUGUAACACAGCGACAUCAGAUAUUAAAACUGUUAAUUUUGUUGACACUCCAGGCAAAGAUGCAAUAGAUUGUAAAGAAACUAUUUCGAUUAUUCAAGAAGUAUCAGUUAGUGAAACCUCUGCUUCGAUUGGUAUUCUAAGCACAGAGGUAAUUUCACUUGCCGACAGUGAAAAAUAUAGCCAAGAGUUUGCAAGAGAAGCCAUCUUAUUAACUGAAACUCAUAAUAUUAGUAGUAUUCCAAGUGCAGAUUUGAUUUCCCUUUCAAAGGACAAGAACAUAAACCAAAAUUUUAAAGAAGGUACAUUUGCUACAUCUACAGAUUUAAAUUUAUUCACAGAUCUAAAACCAAAUUCCUGCUUAAAUUCUGAAGAAAUUGAUGAUAAUUCUAUUGAUAAUGACAUUCAACCGCUAAAUAAAAGCCAUUGUGGCUCAAGUUUUGAAGAAUCCUAUGUGAAUAUUCAAGAUGGUAUUGUACAAAAUGAUGAAAAUUUGAAAGAGGUUGAAGUCGCUAGAGAAAUGAAAAUAGACGAGCUUAUCUGUAAACGAUUGACAAAUGGCAUUACUUUUCUAUUGAAAUAUUUUGAUCUUCCUGUUAAUAGCUUUUUCUUUGAAACCAUUAUCCAUGCCUUGAUUGAUGUACGAAUUAGUUUGAAUGCAUUACUUUCUUCUUGUGAAAAAGGUUCAAUUCUGAAAUAUUUUGCUUUAUGUUCUAACGAAUUAAGAAUUCUGUCGAAACAAUCGGUUUUAUUGAAGAAAGUUGAUUUAAAUAAAGAAGAAAAGGUUUCGUUAUUUAUCACAUACAUUCUUAUUCAGAAAGGCAGAAUGAAAUUUCGAGAUCUAUGUCAGCUUGUGAUAUGCAUGGAAGAUAAACCUGAAUCUCUUUCCACAAAUUCAAAUCUUUAUUCAUUUCUGAAAAAAAAUAGCAAUAUAUUUGUUUUAGACCACUCUGAAUCUGUGCAUCUUGAAGCAAUGCAAAUCUUUGACGGGCGUUUAAAAAUUGAUUACAGUAAUUUUAUUUCUUUUGUCCAGUUAGAUGCUUCGAAAAUACUUGUUCCUGGUCUGAAUUGUGAAUGCAGAGAAUAUAGAAGGUUAUGUGCUGCAGUUAAUUUUCUCCUUCAUUUUUUCAUUGUUUUACAUUACUCUGAACUCAAAGCUUGUAUUUUUUACAUUUUAAAGGACAUUGAAAUAUAUCUAUCUGAGUUUGACGAAGACACUCAAGUCACUAUAUUUAGAUGCAUACCUUUCACCGCAUCAGAAAAAUAUCUUUUUAAGCUAGUUAAAACUAGUGAUAUAAAGAUGGGUUUUCUAACCCCCAAUGAAAGAUUUUUACUUUUUGUUUCCUGCGUUUUAGGAUUUCAUGACAGAAUUUAUUUUAUAGAACUAUUGAAGAAGUAUGCAGAGAAACAUACUGAGAACGGUGACCCGGUUUUGGCCGAUUUAACAUUCAGUGAUCAAGUGAAGUAUCUGAACUCUCUCUAUCCAUGUAUUCUGUUAGAUGACCAUUACUGGGUGAAAAUGCCUGAGGAUUUUAAAUUCCCAAACAUUGAGUUUGAGAAAAAUAUGAGUAUUCAAUCUUAUGAUGAACAUUGUAGAAAUAUUUCUUGGAAGUGUCCUCAACGAAAAUGGGGUGAUUGGGAUAAAAAUUGCACACCUGAUGAAACUUCCAUUGUGGAUUCUUCAAUUACUGAUCUUGAUUUUAGAUGCAUUCUUAAAAAAGUUUGUAAAAAAAUAACCAGCAGCAUUGCUUAUUUAUUGCAGUAUUUCAGUGUGAAAUCUUUCCCUCGUCUCUUAUCUAUUAUGUUCCUAGUACUGGAUGAUGUGGCAUGGGAAUUCUCUGCAUUGUCUGUUGCAAAACAAUCUAAUAUUCUUAAGGAAUGCACCUCUCUCUUUAUCAGGAAUCACAAUGAAAGUAUUUCUCUUUGUUUGCCUGAUUCUUUGGAGCUAUGUGAUUUGAAAGAAGCAGAAAAAGAUCUUUUACUGAUAAGUUUUAUAGUCAGCAAAGGUGGAGAGUUACAUUAUCGAAAAAUCUUUGAGAGAUAUUUUGAACUCCAAGGGCAUUUCCCUAGAAAGCUAAAUACUGAUUCUAGUCACUAUUCCUACCUGUCCGACAGAAAUAGAAUUUUUAUGACUCGUAAGAAUGGAUACUUCCAACUAAGAAAUUUGCCUUCUUCCUUUGAUUCUAAAAUUUUAAAUAGCGUUGAAUUGGAACUUUGGACAGAGAAUAUGAAUGCAACUGAUCUUAAUAUGAAUAGCAUUAGUAGCAAUAAAUCAGAAAUUGCAAAAGAGAUUAAAGACUUCAAAUCUUUUAUUAAGCCUGGCAUUUCUGAAGCUUUCCUUAUUUCAAAGUCAGAUUUUCAACAUCUGUCAGAAAAGAUAACAGAAAAUCAAUUGUUGAGCUGCAUUGUAAGAAUGAAACAUGGAAUUUUCUAUCUGUUAAAUGCCCUUAAGCUGUCGCUUACUCCACUUCUUUUUAGUUGUGUUGCUUAUGUUCUUGCAGAUGUCAGAAGGAUAAUUGUUGAAAUGUCCUCACUUGAUCGCGAUUUGGUAUUAAAUAUUGCUGUCUUUUGCUAUGAAGAUAGUAAUUAUAAUGAUUAUUUUGAUAAAUACAAAAUGUCAACAGACUUAACUGAUGAUGAAAAGAAGUUGUUGUGUAUUGUAGCAUUUCUAAGUGAAAAGAAAAAAGUCCAUUACAAAGAUAUAUUUGAUCAAUUAGAAAGCUGUACACUUUUAUUCAAAAAUUUUGAAUUGCCUAAAGAUCUAUGCAAUUAUAUGCUAGAGUGGAAUGAAAAAUUUUCCGUCGACUCCGAAGGUUUUGUGACCCUGCUUUUGUUUUCUGAAAUUAGUUUUUAUAGCAUCACUGAUGAUAGUUUUGAAGAUUUUUCUGAAAAUACUGUUACAGCACUCUUUGAAAAUGAAGGAGGAAAUAGUUUUCUUCAAACUGAAUUUAUUCAAAAGUUACAGACUACACUAGUGUUUAAAGAACAGUUGGAAAAUAUGCUAUCAGAGAUGAAGACCUUGAACGAAGCUUUUAUAGCAGAUUAUAAACCCACCAUUCGAGAAAUUAUUGCGACCCAAAUGAGAUCUGGUAUUAUAUAUUUGUCAGAAUGCUUUGAAGUGAUCACUUAUCCUUAUAUUCUUAGUCUUGUCGUCCAUGUUUUCCAUAAUUCUGAAACAUAUUUCACGUGUUUACCAUCCAUUGAAAAGUAUGAUCUUGUAAUAAGAAUAUUGAAACCUCUCACUUUUGAUAAAAAGGGUGCAAUUUUACUUAAUAAUGCAAUGUGCUCCAAAAUAUACAGUCUUAACAACGAGGAGAAGGAUUUAUUGAUUUUUGCUUAUAAGCUAGCUAUUUCAAAUGAAAUUCUUUUGUCAGAUUUAAUUUUGUCUAUGCAAGAGGGCAAGAAUCAUUCAUCAACAGCUUUAAACUCUAAACAUGUUGAAGUUUCUUAUUUUGAAAAGCAUAAUGAGGUAUUUCAUGUUCUUGAUAACGAGCAUGUAAAACUGACUCCCUUUCCUAAGUUUGGGUUGAAAUUUAAGCUGUUCAGUCAAUAUUUUCUGCUGAGUCCCGAGAAGUUCAGAUCCUUGCUUAUGGAAGAUAAUUUGUUAGAAGUGAAAGAAAAAAGCUGUUUUUCAGUGUUAGAUCAAAGCCAAGACACUUCAGUAUCUGAGAGAGAUGAUCUUAUAAAACAAAGUGAAAGAUUUGGUCUUAUUUUUUCAAAAGCACUAUCUGAAAUUGCCAAUGACUCCAAAAAUUGUGCUUCAAAGCUUCCGGAAGGUGAACCAUCAUUUUCUUUCAAUGAUUGUGAUUUAGAGAGUGAUAAUUCUAAAAUCGUGGCAAAAAUCAUAAAAAAAAUUCAUGUUGGCUUAGCAUUUUUAUCAAAAUGUUUCGAAUGUGUUGCAAAAUCUAAACCUCGUUCAGUUUUAAUAACUAUGCAGUGUUUGGAUGAUGUAAAGAAGUAUUUGGUGGCAUUGGAGCCUGCUGAUCAAAUAGAGUUUAUCAAUAUAUGCUUAUCAUCAAUGGUGGUUAAAAAUGGAGUUGCUGUUUAUAAUUCAAGUUUAAUUAUAAAAUUAAGUAACGAAGAGAAAUUGAGAUUAUUUUCUGCUUAUCUUUUGAGUUUUGAAACACAAAUGCACUAUAAAGAUAUUUAUACAAAGUUGUGUAUGAAAACUUGCAUAGAAAUUGAUAAUCUGAGUUCUAUUGGAAAGUACAUAAGUUUUCAAGCUAGACAUGAUAUUUUUGAAAUUCACCAAGAGCAUGUAAAGUUGAAUCCAUUAUUUAUUAUAGAUAUGUCUAGAAAUUGUCGUGCUGGAAAUUAUAACAAAUCAUCCGACAUCUUUUUCAUGACUGCUAGUGGAUCUGAAUCUUCUCUGCUGCAGUUUACAGACCUGAAAAAUAAACCAAAAAUUCAACCAAAGCCAAAUCUUGAUGCUAAAUUUGUGGGUCCAUCUGAUAAUGAACAUUUUCAGCCUGAACUUUUAAUAGAUAAUACUAUACAUUCACUUCAAGAAAAGGCAACAGAUGGCUCUGAAAGAGUAAUUUCAAAUUCCUUGACUGUCCCUGUUGCGAGUAGUAAUGAAAUAUUAGAUGCCACUGCCUAUGGCUCUACAUCUUUUCCUCAGCUUAGAGAUAUGAAAAACUAUUCAGAUAUUAGCCCAAAGCCUCAUAUUGAUACUGCUAAAUGUAUGUCCAUCUCGGUUACAUUUGAAAAUAAACAAUUAAAACCUUCAAACAGAAUGUUUACUGAAAAUUCACAAAAAGAAAAAGUAGCAUAUAAUUCUGAAAGUGUAUCUUCAGAUCCUGCUUAUUUUGCAGUCGAGUUUAAUUCACAAGCUUUUAAACGAGUUACUAGUGGACUUGUAUAUUUAAUUAAUUUGAAUAUUCCACCAUCCCUGCGUGUUAUGAAGAUUAUUGUUCUUUGUUUGCAUGAUGUUAGAAAGUUGUAUGUUUCCCUGCCCCCGCCAAAUAAAAAUUUCUUUGUUGCUAAAUGUUGUGAAAUUAACUAUGAUUUUAAAAAUCGUGAAGCUCCACUUGAUAAAAAGGAGAAGUGUUUGCUAACCCGUAGUGAAAAAGAAUUACUGUGUUUCGCAUAUGCUCUGCAGCAAUUAAGAAAAUCUCAUUAUCGCAAAGUAUUUUGGCAGGCAAUCCAUGUGGGCAAAGAUGUCAACCAUUUACUGCCAGACAAAGAUAUAUUUUGGUAUUUUAAGCGAAAGCCAGAAAUAUUUGUGAUUACUGGUGAUGGCUUUGUAAAGUUUGUGCCAUUUGAGUUUGUGAAAUAUCGGUCUAAAGAGUAUGCAAACAGCCAAGAAAAAAUAUUAAAAAGGAAAGUUAAUCUUGUUUCACCAGAAGGAGAAGGUGUCAGUCAUGUUAAAAGCUUUGCUUUAGAGAGAAACGAUUCAUCAAAUCAUCUGCAAGAAAAAUCUGAUAAAAUAAGUGACACACCCAACUACAAGAAAUCCUUGUCAGAUAUACAAAAUGAGCCUAAAAUAUCUGCCAAAUGUAGUGAAGAACAUAAAACACCUAUUACUAAGAGUUAUGAGCAAGAAAAACCUAUUAGAAGUAGUACUGAACAGAAAAAACAUACAGGAAUGAAUCAUGAUCAAGUAAAACUUAUUGAAAUGAGCUCUAAACAGAAAAAAGCUUCCACAAAGGGUCCUCAUCUGGAAGAAGCUACAACAAAGAGUUGUGAACAGAGAAAAACUAUCGCAAAGAGUUGUGAACUGGAAAAACCUGUCAGAAAGAGUCUUGAACAAGAAAAACAUGCCAAAGAGAGUCAUAAAGAAAUCUUCAAUGAAAUGCAAAAGGUAAUCUUUAAUGAAAUGCGAAAGAAUACUUUCUUUAUUAGCGGAACUGAAAAGGUUUCUCAACUUCAGCGAAAUGAUGCUAUACAAAAUAAAGAGCUUAUGGCUAUUCAGAAACAAUCAAGUGAUACUGAAAAUUUGUCCAACAAUCGAUGUUCAAUUGACUUUAUUAAAGAUCAAAAAGCAAAUGAAUCUUUAAGUUCAGGAAAAGUAUCUGUGAUAAAAGAGAAUUUUAUUUCUAAACAUUCCAUGAUUAAAAUUAAAGAUGUUUCUGUUCAGUUACGGAUUAAGGCAUCCGCUGCCCUCAUUUACAAACAUUUCCAAUUAGCUUUGUCUGCAAAUCUUGCUGUUCAAGCUGUGGUGCAUGCCUUAGAAGAUGUCAAGAGGCUUUUUAUGAAUACAACGUGUGUUGAUGAAAUAUCAUUGUGUGGUAAUGAAAAUGACAUCAAUUUGCCAUACGGUGAAUAUUUAAAGGAUGAAGAGAAGGGUUUGCUAGUAUUUACAUGUAUUUUGUUAAUUAUGAAGUCUUGUCAUUGCAGUGAGCUAUUUCAAAAAAUGAAGUCUUUAAAUACAUCAUUUGCAAGUGAUAUACUUAAAAAUAAUGAGGAUUUCAAUUACUUCAAUCAGAGAAAUAACUAUUUUUCAGUCACUAGUGAUGGUUAUGUAGUUUUGAAAAAGACUUUUUCCCGUGUGUUGCUCAAGUUUAGUCAAAUUAUGAAGGAUAACUCAUAUCUUCUCAUAAAUGCCUCUAAGUCUGAAGUAAGAAGUUCACAGUUUAGUUUGAAUAAAUUUGAUCUGUUAACUGUUGAAGUUCUUGAUCUCUGCAAUCAUGUUUUUGUUGAUAUGCGCCGUAAAGGUGUCUUGGCAACUGAAGCUAGUAGUAGAGCUAAGACUGCAUCUAUUAGCUCUACUGAUGCAUUGGUCUGUGAAGAGCAUAGAACUUACUGUGAUAAUUUAGUUGACUCAUUUUUAAAGUGCCCAGAAGAUAAAUACUUCACGCAGGGAACACCUCAACACUCAGUCUUUGUGUCCGGAAACCCUGAAUCUGAAAAUGUGCCUUGUGAUAAAGUUGUAUGUUCUGGCUCAGAGUUAAUGAAAGUGUGUGCCGUUCCUAACCUCGAGCAUACAACUUCUAACUGUGAUACUGCAAAAAAUUCCGUCUUAAACUGCUCAAAGAAGGAAGCCCACACGAACGCAAUAUUUAAAACGGACUCAGUUAGCCAGGAUCACACUAAUGUUGAUAAAUUGGAAUCUGUCCAUUCUCCUGUUUUGGAACUAAGAACAUUAAAAUUUUUUAUUAUAAUAUUGGUUUCUAAUAAUGGUGUGGUCCCGUCAUUCCUUUAUGAGAAAUUGAAAAUUGCAUCCCAAGAAGUUCAACAUUAUUUUAAGUCAAAGUAUCCAGGUGGCAUUAUUACAUUUUUUCAAAAUUACCCUGAUGUGUUCCAUGUUUCCUCAUUUACAAAGUUAAUUUAUCUGAGAAGUAAUGCAUUUAAGUGAUUUUCAAAAAGUACUGUUUUUCAUUUCACUGUUUUUGUGUAACAUAUUUCAUCAGAUAAAAAUUUGUUCGAACUUUAUUUACACAAAUAUUUUUUUAGUUAAGUGUGAAAUGUAAAGUCUUUCCUGUUUCAUUGAUUUAAUGUUUGUUGAAUUCAGAUUUUUUUUUUAUUUAACGCAGGUUAUUUAUUUUUUUUUGUACUUUCUGAUAGUUUAUUUAAUGUUGUGCAAUAACUGUAACAGCAGAAUAGUAUUUUUGAAUGAAAACUGUAUACUUUUGGUGUGCAAUAAAAUUUUGGAUAAAAGUUUUAAUGUUAAGAUAUUUCAUAGAACAUUUUGUAUACGUUUUCCUUAAACAAUUUUUAUUUGAAUAAAGUGGGAGAAUUUUUAUUCUAUGAAUGAAAAAGAAAUGACGCAAAAUUUUCUAGAUGUGAGAUUUAUAUGAGGACGUCUUACUGCGGGAGAAAGCCUUAAUGCAAAUGUUCUUUCACUUGUGUAAUUAAUUUAAAAUUUAAAGCACAAUAAGAGUGACUUCAGGUAAACCUAGAAUAAAUCAUGUUUUUCAGGUAAACCUAGACUAAAUCAAUUAAAUGCUGAAUUUUUUUUCUGAAAUAUUUAAAUGCAAAAAAAAAUAUAUAUAUAUUACAUGAUACGAUUAUGCAGUGAGAAAGUAAUCUUGCAAUAAGUUAAGCACAUUUUGAUAUUUUAUUUUAGGUUUACCUGAAUUCAUUUUUCUCUUAACUUUACAUUUUUAAAAAAAUACCAAUUGAGCUGAGACAGAAUUUGCUACAAAAAGUUUCUCCUGCAUUAUGAUAUAUCAAGAGAAAAAGUAGUUCUGAAGAAUAUUUCAUAUAAUAUGGAGUUCUGCUAAGUUCUAAAUUGUUUUCAUAAGGAACGUAUGAAACUAGAAUUUUGUUAAUUAUUAUUAAUAUUUUUGUCUUCAAAUAUCACCCAACACUGCCCAACAUUUCCUCAUUUUAUGUAGCCUUCAUUGAGAAAGUUCUUUGUAAAUUAUAACAAUGGUGUUAACAACCAUUAUUGUUUUUUUUAAUGAUGUCAUUUAUGACGUCAAUAUUUAUUGGUAUUUUGGUAGCAAGUAACAUUGAAUGAAUGUUGAUCUUGUAUAAUUAACCAUGGUAACCAUAUAUUCAAAACUAUUUAAGUUAAUUCUGUCAUUUAAGAUGUGAAUUCAAUGAGUAUUUACAUAAGAGGACUACAUAAUGCGAAGAAAAUAUAUUUAAGUGACCAUGUAGUCUUUCUUCUUCAUCAGCACUGCAGCCUAGUGCAAGCCAAGGCUUUCUCAAUUAGCUGCCGGGCGACUUUGAGCUAGAUUUUUCCACAUAAUAAUUCCUAAACAUAGUAAAUAAAGUCCUAAACAUAAUAAAUAGUAGUCCUAAACAUAAUAAAUAGUAGUCCUAAACAUAAUGAAUAAAAUUUUUGUUGCUUGUUUAUUUGAGAAUGAUAAUUAAAAUUUUAUAAUCAAUUGUAUAAAUUUCAAUUUGCUUUUAUUUUAUUGUUUUUCAAAUACUUAAAGUACUGUCACUUUACCUAAAAACAGUAGCCUAAGCAUAUAAAUCUUUCAUUUACGUAUUAUUUCAGUUUUAUUAUUUGAUGCUUAGUGUUUAAACUGACUGAUGUCUAUAAAUUUUUAAAAAGGCAGUGUCAGAAAGAAAUUAUUAUGUUUUUUUAUGCAUUAUUUGUAAACUGAAAACAUAAAUUCUGCUAUUGAUCUAUCCACAGUAAAUUGAAAGUUAAAAUCGAAAAGUUUCAAAAUAAUUUAGUAGAUGAAAAGUCAAAUUCAAUUUAUAGGAAAUUGGUUACAAAGAAUUAAAAAUUGAUCUGCCACUCCUUUAAUGGCAUGUUUUAAAUUUUUUGAGUAGAAUUUAAAAAAAAAAAGUAUUUAUUUCUUUUAAAAAUGUUUUAGAUUGAAAAUGCAUUCACUGAUUUAUGGGUGAUUUGUUUAUUAAUUCUUUAUUAUUUUUCAAACUUAAUGUAUUACACAAUUUUUUUUUAAUAGGAAUACAUAAUGUUAGUUAUUUUAAUUAAUUAAUUUUGCUUCUUUUGAAGAUUCUUAGUUUGCUUUCUGUUAAAAUAAUUUUAAAACUUGUGUAUUUUAACUCUCAACCUACUCAUGACCAGACUAGCAUACUAACAGCAUCCGUAUUGUUUAAGUCUACCAAACAUAUAUAAACAAAUUUUAGAUAAAACUAUUUAGAAAAAGAAUUAAAAGUGCCAAAUUUUUAUUUUUUGUGUGAUUAUUAUUAGGAAUUAGUAUAGCAGUUUUAUAUCUAAAUAGGUUGCGUAAAUGUCAAUCAAUUACCAUACUCUUAUUUACUUUCAAAAAGCAGGUUAAAGACAUUGAAAUGUGUGUUCAGAUUUUAAAAAUGCACAGAAAAUUGCCAAAAAUCGUUUUCAAAAAUUUUUAACAGUUAAUACUGAAAUUUAAAAAUUUAUUUCUGCUAAUUGCUUUUGAAUAUCCGUCAGUGAUCUGUAGAAUAGGUUGAGCUGAUAGACGGUCUUGGCCGGUAACCGGCUGUAGUGCCUAAGAAGAAGAUCUAUAGAAAUGUGACUACACAAUAUUAAAAAGUUGCUAAAUAUUAGAUCGAUGCAUAGUUCAAAAUUUUUGAAAUUUCUUAAUGUUUGCUUAAUUUUAUUUUAUAUUUGUUAAGUUAAUUUUCAACUUUUUUGCCAGCAUUAUCAUUGUAUCAUUUAGUAUGCGCUGUCAUUUAAGUUCUUAUAGCUUAAAAUAUAUUAAUAUGUGCGAUAUUACAUGAUUAACUUCACUUGUUAUUGUAUAUUUUGUGUUAAAAUUUUUUUCCUCUAGUUUUAUUUCGAAGUGCAAUUUGUUAUUAUUUCUUUGUUGUUAUCAAAUAUGUUUUCCUUUUAUGGAAAACGUGUGCUUAUACAGCAGCUAUAUCAAAACAGAAUGUUAGCAAAGAAAGAUAUUUCUCUUUUGAAUAUUUAUUGAAUAUAUAUUUAUUAAAUGAUGCAUAUUGCACAAGGUAAAAAAGAGAGAAAGAAGUGAGACUACAAUUACAAUAAGUGCUAAUAUCUAUGUUUGUUGUGCUAUUACUUGAGUUGUAAGGUGCAAUUGAAUCUCACUUUUGUAUUGUUUCCAUUACUUGUGGAAUUUUUUAAAAUAUUAUUUAAAUUAAUUUGUUCUGUAACUGUUAAAAAAAUUUGUAAUUUUCGAAUGGAAACAUUCACUUUUCUCAUUGUAACGUGAUCCUCUCAACAAAACAAAAAAAAAAAAGAAAUUUUGAAGACCACAUGGUGUGUGUAAAAAGAAAUUUUUUUUUUAUCUAUUGAUAGAAUUAUAAUUUAUAGAAACUUAUAAUCGGAUCAUAUAAACAUAUUAAUCGAUGUUAUAUUAAUCGAAAUCAAAAUCAUAGAGAUAGGCAAUACAAUAUUAUUUUAACGGGAUCUAUUAGAACGAAAUUCCGUGCUUCAGAACUUUUUAAAAUUUGGAAAUUAAAUUUGAAAAAGAAAACGUUUAUUAAUGUUGAGCUGUUGUUGUCCGGAAUAAAAAGAAGAAAAAUCAUACAAACUUUUUUUCAUAAAUUUAGCCUAGCCAUUUUCCUCACAGAAAGAGAAUAUUUUAAAGACGCCAUAAAAUGCUUUGUUUAGGACACAUCCACUGUCUGCCCCGUCAACUCUCACGUGGUUAUGUCCUCGAUUUUAUGUCUAAUAAAAUAAAAAAUAGUCUUAAGAUCUAUGUACCAGUCAUUAUAUCGACGCUUUGUAUCCUGAGAAGAACAUUUGAGAAUUAUUUUUACGUAGUUUCACAAAUAUCUUAAUUUGUUAUGGCGCUAAAAUAUUAAAAUUUCUUUGUACUUGGUUCAGAAACAAAUCUCUUAAUUCAGUUUACGCUGUACUAGAAUAUUCAGUUUUAUCAAAAAAAUAAAUAAUAAGCAGUAUUUUUACAAUGCAUUUUAUUUGAAAAUUUCUUAUAGUUUUUUUUAAACAUCAGAAAGAAUCAACCAUGUAUUUAUACAAUAUAUCCAGCUGCGAAAAAUAAUAAUUUUCUACAAAAAAUUAUACAACAUAUUUUUUUUUAAUCAGUGGCACAGUCAGCUACAGACAUUUAUAAAUAUUUACUGAUAGAUGUUAUUGCAACAAGAAGUUUUGUUUUAUUAAAAAAAAAAAAAAAGCUGUGUGUUGUUUUCCAAAAUGACGAUAUUACUUAUUUCUAUAGAUAACUCUUUAAAUAAAUUAUUAAAAGAAUUAUGUUUUGUAUUUUUGUAAUAUUUUUAUAUUUUCUAAUAAAAUGUGUCUAUAAUUUGCUGUAUUUUUGCUUACUAUGGUAAUUUUUAAUUUGUAAAGUUUCUUUAAAUGAAUCUGCAGUUGACAUAAAAACAUUUUAAUUUUGAUUAAUUUACUGAGUUGUUGAAUUUUUAU